AUGGCAGCGUUUGGGAUUCGAAUCGUGUUAUUGCUUGCAGCUUGCUUGCUUCCACUAUCAGUGGAAGCUAUGGUUCGCCACUACAAGUUCAAUGUGGUUUUGAAGAAUGCCACAAGAUUGUGUUCAACCAAGCCCAUUGUCACCAUCAAUGGAAAGUUCCCAGGUCCCACCAUCUAUGCUAGGGAAGAUGACACUGUUCUGGUUAAGGUGGUCAACCAUGUCAAGUACAAUGUUAGCAUCCACUGGCAUGGGGUCAGACAAUUGAGAACAGGUUGGGCCGAUGGGCCAGCAUACAUAACACAAUGCCCUAUUCAACCGGGCCAGGUCUAUGUCUACAACUUUACCCUUACAGGCCAGAGAGGCACACUUUGGUGGCAUGCACAUAUCCUCUGGCUUAGGGCCACUCUCCAUGGAGCCUUGGUCAUCCUACCCAAGCUUGGAGUUCCUUACCCUUUUCCCAAACCAAACAUGGAACAAGUUAUCAUACUGAGUGAAUGGUGGAAAUCAGAUACUGAGGCUGUGAUAAAUGAAGCUUUGAAAUCUGGUUUGGCACCUAAUGUCUCUGAUGCCCACACAAUCAAUGGUCUUCCAGGACCUGUCCAAGGUUGUGCUUCACAAGAAGGAUUUAAGUUGGAUGUUCAACAAGGAAAUACCUACUUGCUAAGAAUCAUCAAUGCUGCACUCAAUGAAGAGCUUUUCUUUAAAAUUGCUGGUCAUGAACUCACUGUUGUUGAGGUUGAUGCACUAUACACUAAACCAUUCAAAACUGAUACCAUUGUGAUAGCACCAGGCCAGACUACAAAUGUGCUUCUAUCAACCAAACAUGCAGCUGGAAAAUACUUGGUUGCAGCCUCUACUUUCAUGGAUGCUCCUAUUGCAGUUGACAACAAGACUGCCACUGCCACAUUACACUAUUCAGGCACCCUUAGUUCCACCGUCACUACCCUCACUUCCAUGCCUGCUAAAAAUGCCACCCCUCUUGCCAACAGUUUCACUGACUCUCUCAGAAGCCUAAACUCCAGAAAGUAUCCAGCCAGAGUCCCUUUGAAGAUUGACCACAACUUGCUCUUCACUGUUAGUCUUGGUAUCAACCCUUGUGCUACUUGUGUGAAUAAUAGCAGAGUGGUAGCAGAUAUCAACAAUGUUACCUUUGUGAUGCCUAAAAUAUCUCUUCUCCAAGCACAUUUCUUCAAAAUUAAGGGAGUUUUCACUGAUGAUUUUCCUGGAAACCCUCCUGUAUUUUAUAACUUCACAGGGACACAACCAUCCAAUUUAAAUACCAUAAAUGGAACAAAGCUAUAUAGACUUGCUUACAAUUCUACAGUUCAAUUAGUCCUGCAAGAUACUGGAAUGAUAACGCCUGAGAAUCAUCCUAUUCAUCUCCAUGGAUUCAAUUUCUUUGUAGUUGGUAGGGGACAAGGGAAUUUUAACACCGGAAAAGACCCCAAGAAAUUUAACCUUGUAGAUCCUGUGGAGAGAAAUACAGUGGGAGUCCCUGCUGGGGGUUGGACUGCUAUCAGAUUCAGAGCUGAUAAUCCAGGUGUCUGGUUUAUGCAUUGUCAUUUGGAAAUUCAUACAACGUGGGGACUGAAGAUGGCUUUUGUUGUGGACAAUGGUAAAGGACCAAAUGAAUCUUUAUUACCUCCUCCAAGUGACCUCCCCAAGUGUUGA